UGCUCUGCGGCUGGUUCGCAUUUACUGCGGUGAAGUACGCGUGCAGGUCGCAAGUUUGUCCUCUUUGGCGCACAACCCUAAGAAUCUCAAUGGAUAACAGUCAGCCAGGAUGGAGAAAAAAUACUCUCUCUCUCGAUCAAGGGUGGUUUUGGUUUAAUGCUAUUGGUGCAGCGACGCAACAUCCUUGUGGAGUAUGUGUGUGCGUUUGUGUGCCGGCGGGAAGGACGUUGGAUAAAUACAGCGCACACUCAUCCUCCUGUAAUAACGCGUACAGGAGACCUGGGUGAGACGCACAACUCAGGUUCCUUUGAGUAAAUAGAUAUUUACAAGACUUAAUUAGUAUGUAAUAUGAAUUAUAAAUUCCAUCUUUCAGACUGUCACACACACAUGCUGCUUUUUUAUUUCGCAAAAUGAGAGACGACAUACAUCUCUCAAAUGGAAAUUAGUUAUAACCAAUUUCGUUGACUGUGGAACGUUGAUUUUUGGACCAGCAAACGAUCCACAUUUUGAUGCAACAAGGCGACAGUCCUGUCAAGAGAUGCUCCUGCUGUUCCUGAGGAUACUUUGAACUUUAUUGAGGAUAUUUUUCGAUAUUUAUCUAGAAAGGGGAUCGGUGAAACACUGGAUUCAUCAGGACGCUUUGCGCAUUGCGUAGUUGGCAGAAAAAUGCGUUUGUCAUUUUGAUCUGCCACACACUAUGUCCAGACUAAUCUCUGCUGGAAGACAUGCAUCUUACCAUCCAUACGGUAAACGCCAACACAAGGAUAAUAGUGUGUAGUAUGCUUGGGAAAGGUCGACAUCAGAUGCUGGCCACGCUUUGUUGGCUGUUUUUGGCUGUGACGAGGAGCGGAGCAGUUUCCAGAUGUGAGGACCAGGCCUGCAGUCCACCCAUAGGGAACCUGGCAAGUGGCAGGACCCUCUUCACACUUUCAGGCUGCUGUGGAAACAGCUCCCUCAACCAUAACCUCUGCACUCAUCCUCCUGCUCAUCGUCCCUUCCUCUGUCCUGAGGACCCUCACCCAUCUGCUCACAUGACUGAUGACCCUUUCCUACAACCAGACACCUGGUGGGCAUCAGAUUUAGGAACUGAGAUGCAGGAGCAGCAGGAUGAGAUCCGAUUGGACCUGGAAACACAGUUCUGUCUGUCUCAUGUAGUUUUGGUGUUCAAGUCCCCUCGGCCUGCCGUCAUGGCGGUUGAGCGUUCAGCCGACUUUGGGAAGACUUGGGAAGCUCUUAAGCUCUUCGCACACAAUUGCAGCAUGGAAUUUGGUUUGCCUGAUGAUUUUUCUCAUCCAGGAUCAUUGUGCACGUCCCGUUAUACCAGUGCAACACCCUGCAGCAGGGGCGAGGUAAUAAUCCGGACACUAGACCCCAUGGGUGCUAAAACACUGGACCCUUACAGCCCAGAGGCGCUCUUCCGCCUCUCUCUGACUAACCUCCGCAUCAGACUGCUUAAAGCUCAGACCUGUCCUGCUGCCCUGAGGCGGACUGGCUUCACAGCCUCAGCUCUGUCCUCCAAACGCACCACUGAAAACUCAGCCUCUGCACCUUAUGCUAUUUAUACUUUUCAGGCCAGGGGGACCUGCCUGUGCCACGGACAUGCAGAGCAGUGUUUACAACACAACAGCAAAGACACAAGCCAGAACAACACCAUGGUAUCUGGUUGGUGUCUGUGCACUCACAACACAGCAGGGGAUCACUGUGAGAAGUGUGCCCCACUCUACAAUGACCGCCCUUGGAGACCUGCAAAUAGCACAAGCAGGGAAUCAAACCCAUGUCAGAAGUGUCAGUGUAACAGUCACUCAGAUAGCUGUCACUUCUCACAGCGGGCAUGGAUCUCCUCUGGUGGCACCAGUGGGGGGGUUUGUGACAACUGCAGACACAAUACUGUUGGUCGCAGGUGCCAGCGAUGUCGCCAUGGCUACCACCGCCACCCGUCCCUGGCACUUAACUCCCCACACGCCUGCACGCGCUGCUGGUGCGAUUCACAGGGCACUUUGCCUCCUCAUGCUGGAGAGGAGGGACCCUGGUGCCACCCUAGAAGUGGGAAGUGUCGCUGUAAAUCUGGAGUAGGGGGCACAAGCUGUGACAACUGCCUGCUUGGUUAUUGGGGUUUUGGAGUGGAGGGUUGCAAACCCUGUGCCUGCCCUCACAGCUGUGAUCCAGCCACUGGGCAGUGUCUGGACAGCUACUCUAAUAACCAGGUGUUUAAUGUGCCUAUUGGUGGAAAAAUCCCUGAGCUGGAUCAUAUGUUCACUGUAGAAGAAGAGGCACAGUGGUCAAAGGAGCUUGCAGUCUCUGCUCUGCAUUACACAGGAAAGUGUAGCUGUAAGGAGAAAAAGCUGAGAAGUGUGUCUGACCUCUGUAAGACCAAACAUGAUUACGUUAUCAAAGCCAGUGUGCUGUCUGCCCAUGACAAAGGCAGCCAUGCAGAAGUACUGGUCAAAGUUCGCAAGGUCCUUCGAUCAGGACAACUGGCAGUCAACUUUGAGACUAUCAGAAUCUAUCCUCUGUCCUGGACCAUCCGCGGAUGCACCUGUCCAGUUCUAAACCCAGGUAUGGAUUACCUGCUCGCAGGCCCAGAGGAGGCUGGGACAGGCCGUCUGCUGGUCACCAUGCAGAGUGUGGUGGUCCCAUGGACGCCCAGGCUGGGUCUGCUUGUGUCAGGGGGCCUGAGAAAUGGAUGUCCAUGAACUCAAUACUCCAAAGAUGGAGACACUUUGAGGGAUGUCCUGAAGAAACUUAUGAGUGGGCAGACAAGACAGAAGAGGAACUAAAACUCAGUUUGAGGAGAAGCUGUCCCUGACAUCAGGGAAAAUUAUCCAUGAGUCAAACUCAGGUUCAGUUUAGGUCAGAAAUCUCAAACAUGAUUUGAAGGCGUGCAACACAUUCAAAGACUGACAUGAAUAACUGAUCGACCCAUUUAAUAAAACAUCAGCAAGGGGUAUUUUAAAGGCAAUAUUUUCAUCUAGCAAAUAUUUUAAUGAUGUAAAUAUCUGGAUUUGUUUCAAGUUUAAUCUCUCAAUGUUUUUCUCCCUUUUUAUCAAUGCAAUGUGACUCAGGAAAAGGUUAAGGUUGUUCCUUCUUAUGCAGUCAGAUGUUUUUGUCAGGUUCUUCAUCUCCUUUUAAAGUUUGAUAUUUGAAACUCACAGUGAACUGAAAAACAAUCAUUGACAAGAGGUUGUUGUGUUUUGAUUAUAACUGGAAAGGACCAAAAAGGAAGUAGAAAUUGUUUAACAAUCAUUUUAAUCUGCAUGUUUAACAAAAAUCCAUCAUGAUUUAAGGCCUGAAUGACAUUGUAUGACCACAGAUUCUAACUGAAAACUCUAGACAGUGUUAAGAUAACAAACCCUUGAUGCAGUGGUGGUGUAAAGUGAAAACACUUUAGGCCAAGUGUCUUGUCAGUUCUAAAAAGGUUAAGUAUCAUUCAUAUGGCAAUAAAUGUGGAGCGAGACCAGGAGGGUUCUACUAAGAAUGGAACAAUUAACCACUUUAAUGUUUACAUUGUUGUAAUGUUUACUAAAUGUAGCCUGAAACAGCCGUCUUGUUUUCCUAAACAA